CAUUCAUAACUGCAUUUUUUUCGAUAAAAGCAGUAGAAAACUGAUAUUACUGUUUGAGAGUGUGCAGCUUGUUCGCGAAUUACUGAGUAGGAAGUUUAGGUGGGACAUCGCUUCGCAAUGAUGGUCGGUUUUUUUGCACCGAGAGCCAAUCAGAAGGACAAGGACACGUGUGUGUGGCAGGACCAGGAGCGCCUGCAGCUCAGCCGCACCGUUACUGCGCCGAGGCAGGGCGACAGCGACAAGGUCUGAUCAGCGACAAACACAUUUCAACACAAUCCAAAGAUCUUAUCAAAGGGGCAACCAUGAGCCGUCAGUGCCAUGAUGGCGACUCAAAGAGAAAUGAGUGCAGCGCUAAAUCGCCAACUUGGCUCUCCUCAUACUGUAUAGACAGUAUCCUGGGCCGUACGAGUCCCUGUGGAGCAGGAUUAAAAGGGUCAAAAAAUAUCCGCACGCCGCCUGGCGCAACUGAACAAGACGGGAGCGCAGAAGUCUCCGCCAAAGAUAGCUCAUCUUCAAUGCCGGAGGUGCACCUGCCGCCCAAGCUACGCCGGUUCUUUGACCGGGAAGGGAAAUACUUGGACUCUGGCAGAAAAUCUCAGGGAAACGGGGAUUUAGGGAAAACAGAGAAAAUGCACAAUCUUAGAAUUAUACAGGCACCGCCCGUUAACAUCAGUCGUACCAAGUCCUACAGGGAGAACCAGUCGCUGAAGCAGCUGGAAGGAGCCAAGAGCCCCAAGAGCGGGGCCGAGGCGCUGACAGAACCGGGGACGCUCAAAUUCGAGGAAGAUGCGGUACAGGAGGAGCCAUCCAUGGAGUCGCUUUCUGGAGAUAUAUCUCCGAAAGAAGCAGAGGGCACCAACAACGAUGGGGAUGUUAAAGAUGGAGAGGACAGUAUGUGCUUGUCGGCGGGCAGUGACACAGAGGAGGGCAUGCUCAAACGCAAGCAGCGGAGAUACAGGACGACAUUUACCACUUACCAAUUAGAAGAGCUGGAGAGGGCCUUCCAGAAGACGCACUACCCUGACGUGUUCACCAGGGAGGAGCUUGCAGUGCGGCUAGACCUGACAGAGGCGCGAGUACAAGUGUGGUUCCAGAACCGCCGGGCCAAAUGGAGGAAGCGGGAGAAGGCGGGGGUCCAUGCGGCACCCCAGGGGCUCUCCUUUCCGGGACACCUGCUUUCAUCCCACCCCCUGGGCCCCUACUUGGAAGGGGGACCUUGUGCUGCUCACGUUCCCCAGGCCCAGGACUCCCCCUGGAGCACCGGCACCUUCCGGGGGCUGACUCUUCCUCCCAGUGGCUCGGGGCCCCGGUUCGGCUUGGGUGCCUUGCUGGGUGCCGCUGUCUUCCGGCACCCGGCCCUCAUGAGUCCGGCCUUUGGCAGGCUCUUCUCCAUGGCAUCCCUGACUGCCCCUCCCUCGUCGGCUGCACUGCUUCACCCCCCCACCACCUCUGUGGAUGCCAUGGUUCCGGCAGCUACUCUGCCGGACUCCCCGUCGCCCUCUAUGGCGGCUGACCGCCGUGCCUCCAGCAUCGCGGCCCUGCGGCUCAGAGCCAAGGAGCACUCGGCUCAGCUUACCCAGCUGAACGUCCUGCCCCCCGGGGGGGCGGGAAAGGAGGUGUGUUAAGCUCCGCCCCCCAUGUGCUCACCCCGCCCACACACGCAUGACCAAAGUGAAGAGGGCUGGCCUUACAGCUCACCUGCAGCUCCCAGAAUGCCCUUGUGUUUUCCGCCAGCGAUGAGCACAUGCCCGUGCUGGUGGGGUCCUCCAGGCUCUGUAACAGUGGCCUUUUGCUGUCCCCAAGAUCUCUGUGCCAAAGGGGACAGGGUGACCAGCGAGCUGAGAGCUCCAGCAGCUGUGACAGGCUGGGACAAACAGACUCCUCAGUGUGACGGACUGGGAAGCACCGAUGCACAUACAGCAUUAGUCGCCUGUACAAAGCAGAGGACGCCACCCUCUGCAUUCUCACUGUGGAUUCAUUCCUGCCUCGACUGAUAUUUAAUUUUAAAAUGAGAGCUAUAACUGAGAGCUUUGUAUAUUUUACAGUGUUUUAAAAGGCCGUAUUCAUGCAUUUGUGUUAUUGUAAAGGUUUUAUCCAAGACUUCCAUUAAAUAUUAGUUUAACUCAUAAAAAUAUUAUGACCCUUCAUCAUUUAAGGUCUGUCAGUGGAGUUUUUGAACUUUCAACCAGAAAUAUGUACUGGAAAUGCAUUUGUUUAUUUUUUAUGGUAUUGGGAG